AUGGCUAGCAGCAGUACUUAUGUUCCAGGUCCAAUUUCAAAUGGAAAACCAAUAGUGUAUGUGCACUGUAAGUAUUGUAAUACAACUAUUACGGGAGGGAUCUCUAGAUUUAAGAGUCAUUUGGCUCACACCCGUAAGGGUGUUCAUGCUUGUCCUGAUGUACCUGCAGAUACCAAACUAGAGAUGCAAGAUCUACUUAGGAAAGGUGAGAAUUCAAGAGCAGUUAAAAUACGAAAUUUUGAUUAUAUGGUUAGUGAAGGGUCAUAUUCUCACGCUCAAACAGAGUCUGAAUCUGAACUUGAAUUAGGAGUUGAGUCAACACCUAAUGCUAGUAAUAGUGAUCGUGGAAGAAGAGGUCCAAUGGAUAGGAGUUCUUCCUUUGCUAAUAUUCUUAGAUCAGUAGGAGAGUAUGGUCGAGGAUUGAAACAACCUUCCAUGUACGAGCUAAGUACUUGGGUUCUUAGAGAAGAAGUUAAGACGAAAAACAAGAUGGUCGAUAGUUCUAAGAGAACAUGGACAGCUACAGGUGUGACCAUAAUGUCUGAUGGUUGGACAGAUAGUAUUGAUGCAUCAAAAUAUGUCAAAGAUGCCAACAGGUUAUUCAAGGUGUUGGAUACCAUUGUUGAAGAAGUAGGAGAAGAACAUCUUAUGCAAGUUGUUACUGACAAUGCUCCUGCAUAUAAGUCUGCGGGAAAUUUAUUGAUGCGGAAAAGGAAGAAAUUAUAUUGGACGUUAUGUGCCGCGCACUGCAUCGAUUUGAGGCUUGCGAAACUAUUUGAGUUACCUCAAAUGAAAAAAGCGUAUUUAAUAGCGAAGAAGCAAACUGAUGGAAAAGAUGUGAAGAAGAUUAUACUGAGGGAUCAAACUUUCUGGCCUGGCUUGGUUUAUUCCUUAAAGGCGAUGAAGCCUUUAGUUGGCGUCUUAAGACUUAUUGACGCAGAAAACGUUCCGGCAAUGGGGUUUAUAUAUGGUGCAAUGGACAGGGCAAAAUAA